AUGCAUCGCUUUUUUGCAGAGCUGGAGCCAUCUCUAUCCGUCACUGAGCAAAACCUGGCAGACCGAGUUCGGUACAUCCUGCGCUCCAACAUAUUUGGUGACGCCGAACUCGAACGACUACGACGUGAGGCUGUUCCCUCAUCGGAUGGAAAUGCUACGGCUGGGAAUGCGGCGCCACUAAUUGCGCAGCAAACUGCAUAUGUGGACGCUGCCGUCAAUAUUCCAUUUGUAGUUGAUUCAGACGAUGAUGGAAUAGUCCCCCACGAACUAGAGAAAAUGAGGAGCAUAUUGGAAGAGUCGAUGCUGGAAACGCGCAGCAUGCCUCUCGAAAAUCGACCGCGACUUCCCCCGCAUACCCCUUAG